GAACAGCAAUAUCACGGCAGAAACCUCACACUUUAUGAGAAUGUUUAUCGAGUGGAAGUAAUAAUUACAAUUAUAGGACUGUAUGCUUCAGUUGGACGACUUGGUACUACGUAGAAGAAUAGUAUCUGAUCGACUAAACGAAAUGUGUGUACAAAUGGUAAACAAUUAAAAACGAAAUACAGAAAUUAAGAUACGAAUGAUCGGAGAAUAAAGACCCGUAUACGGUUGAUUGUCUAUUGAUGAAAUCUAUUACUUGACUUGAUUAACAAAACUACAUAUACUCAUGUGUCUACAGUCAGAAUCUUCAGAUUGGAAGAUUCGACUGGCAAGACUAAAUAAAAUCAUGGACUCACUUUCAAUUUAGAUGUCUCAGUGGAAUUCUCGAGAUAGAAGAGUUCUCAUCCGAUGAGGCAAGUAGUGGUAGUGUACUUUAUAGUUGUAAUAGUGUGAAUGCUCAAAGGUUAUAUACACAGAAAAACUCAAAUACAAUUAGAAAUGGUUUCACAUUAAGAAGUAAACUUUAUUCGUUUGCAAGUAAACCACAUCUUAGUUGAUCUUGUCAACAUAUCUAUUCUCGAAAAAACUGCAGACAUUAUAUAAGUCGUUCCCCAUCUUCCAGCAAUGGUUGAUUUUGAACUACAAAGAUUAAAGUUUUCCUGCUAAAAUGAAUGAAGAAGAAGAGAUGGAUAUUGAAACGAACUAUUCGACUUCAGUUCAUGAACCUGAAGCGAGCUUUGAUACAGAUAAAACCGACACCUCUACAUUGGACGAAGAAAAAGUACGCAGACCUUCCCUUACUUUACCUGAGGAGGACCGGGAGGGCUCAGUAUCUGGAUAUGAAUCAGCAGAAAAACCUAUGGCAAUAGAAGAGCCUGUCGUGGCUCUCCCGGAAAGUAAACAUAUAGAUCCAAAAUAUAAUUCGGAAAGAAAAGACCUUACGUUAGAGAAAACCGGUACAAAUUCGGUUAUUGAUAAGUAUGGACGACUUGCUGACGGUUUGGAAUAUAAGGCUAAAACCUUUUGUUUGAAUGGCAGAGGUGAAGUAUUGUAUAUGCUUGGAACAGAAUGUGCAAGAAUCUUGGGAUUUAAGGAUAGUUACUUCAUGUUCCACAAAACCCCAAACUUGCGCAAAGUUUUGACGACCCAAACUGAAAGAGAUCAACUCAUUUACAUGAGAAUCCUUGCUCCAAAGUAUCGGUUUCGUCAACUAAGCAUCGUUCCAGCAAGGCAAAUGUUUCUCGCAUUUGGCCCCAAAAUACUAAUGAAAGGAAUUAUUGAUCCUGAACUUCAUAAAGAUAUCUGGAAUGCAAAUUGGUCAUGGGCUGAUGAGGAAUUUUCCCAUUUAGAUAAUUCAAUGCUCAGCAGUACUCGAUCAUCUUCUGUAAAGCCCGAGACAAGAUCAAUAGAUCAGACAACACCUGGUUUCGGGGAGAGUUUUCAAGAGAGAUAUAUACUUGCUUUAGCAAAAGAUGUAUCAGAUUAUAAUACGUCUUUGGGAAAAAUGAGAAACUUUAGGCGAGAUGCGCUUCGCUACUUUUACCAACAAGCCCGCUCUUCGAAGGCAAACUCAUAAGGGCAACCAGAAAAAACGGUAGUAAAUUACAUUUGCUACGAAUUUUUAUACUUAAUUCUAUUUGUACAUUAUAGUGAUACUUACUUUUGCUGGAAUUCAGAUCAUCAUACUAGUAUUUCAUUGAUUUGUUGGUGUUGAAACUUCAAAGCUACGCAUCUUUCAUUGUCCUGAGUGGAAUCUUAUCUAAAUCAUAUAAUAGCAUUUAUGUAUCGAAUAAGUUUUGCAGUGACUAUUGACCGUUUCGUGUCUCAUUUGCGAAUAACUAUUUACCCUUAUAAACGUUUCGUUCAACCUCUUUCCACAG